AUGCGGUCAAGAAUCUCUAAAUGCUUCACUCGGGCAACGUCGAGCUAUAUCAAGGGAAAUCCGUAUCAAACUGUUGAAUGGACUAUCAACGAUCUCUUGGUAAGAGCCUGCGAAGAAAAUGACCACAAACUCAUGGCAGCCUUUCAAAUGUUCCAAACCGAGUUCACAUUUGGCGAAAUGAGCGAGAAAGCGGAUCAAUUCGGCUCCGCUCUUCUUGCGAUGGGUCUUCAGCCCGGAGACGCUGUGGCGGUUUGGACAACGGGACCUAAUCAGCCAGAGUGGCUGGUGAUGAAGUGGGCUUGUGCCAGGGCCGGGAUGAAGAUGGUCAACAUUAACCCAAUGUACACUGCGAGAGAGCUUGAAUAUGCUCUGAAUAAAGUCGAUGCUCGAAUGCUCGUGUGUCCAAGGGGCAUCGGUCCGCUAGACUACGAGCAAGUCCUGAAAGACAUGAUUCCAGACCUGGAGUCUAAAAAUAAGUUUAACCUUAACGCUUCCAACGUUCCUCUGCUGGAUAAGAUUGUUUUCUACUUUAACAAUGACGGACCAGUACCGUUUGCAAUCGAAUGGGACGAUUUCGGCGAGUCAUCAGACUCAUCAACGCUGAGGAAGCUCAAGGAAGUCAAAGUCGACCCGUACUCAACGGCGAAUAUUCAAUUUACAUCCGGGACGACAGUGAACAAUUGCAUCUCAGGCUGUGAAUACGGCAGAGAUAACAUAACGAGUGAAUCCUCAUUCCUGAAUGUUCUGCCACUCUAUCACGUGUUCUCCUUCGUAGCUGGAAGCUUAGUUGGAACUCAUAUGAAGAUUCCAAGCUACUACCCAGCUCCCGGCUUCAGCUCUGCAGCCAGUAUUCUUACCGCAGAGGACCGAAAGCCAUCGCACCUUCUUGGCACCCCAACAAUGUUUGUGGAUAUGAUCAACGACCCUCUUCUAAAGGAACACGACAUCUCAUCACUCCAGUUCGCCAUUGUCGGCGGCGCCCCCGUCACUCCAAGCCUCGUGAGACGCGCAGAAUCAGAACUCGGCAUUCAAAUGGCUGUUGGCUACGGAAUGACGGAGAACAGCUGUGGAACUUUUCUAACCCCUCCGGAUGCCACUGAAGACAUUGUUUGCAACACUGUCGGUAAACCUUAUCCAGGCGUCGAAGCAAAAAUCAUCGAUGAAAAUGAAAACACGCUCUCAAGAAAUGAAGUUGGAGAGCUAGUCACGAAAGGAUACAUGGUCUUUCAAGGGUACGUCAAGGAUGAGGCAAAGACCGAAGAAUCGGAUGAUGGCACGCUUAAAAUCAUGGGAAGGUCAAAAGAUAUGAUUAUCCGCGGUGGCGAGAAUAUUCAACCGACUGAGAUCGAGAACUUCUUGACGACUCAUCCGAAGGUCAAAGAUGCUUACGUAAUUGGGGUCCCAUCUGCUCGACUUGGCGAAGAAGUCUGUGCAUACAUUCAACUGAUUGACGGCGAAACUAUCACUGACGAAGAAAUCAAGACUUUUGCCUUGACCGGACUGGCAAAAUACAAAGUCCCAAAGUACAUCAAGGCUGCAAACGAAUUCCCAAUGACGGUCACUGGCAAAACUUUCCCGAACUCGAAAAUGAACUGA